AUGAAGCUCUCCAUCGCAGCGACGUUGGGCUUUUUGGGCUGUGCCCUCGCCUUGCCCGCACCUGUUGCCAAGGAAGCCGACCUGCCUUUCUCUUUCCCAUCUGGCGGCUCUGGCUCUGGUGGCUCUGGUAGCCUCCCAUUCUCUAUUCCUUCGGGCGUCCCUACCGGUUUCCCAUUCCCUAUUCCUUCGGGCGUCCCUACCGGCUUCCCAACUGGAUUUCCAUUCCCUAUUCCGUCCGGCUUUCCAACUGGGUUCCCAUUCCCUAUUCCAUCCGGCGCGCCCACUGAAUCCGGUUUCCCCGACUUCCCCGGACUGGGUGGUAGCGGAGACUACGAAAAGCGCGAGGAAGCUCAUCACCGUCACCACCACCCAUCCGGCGUCCCCGGCUGGCCUUGGCCGUGGCCGCACCCGAGUGGUGGCUUUCCCGGAGGGCCAAAGCCAACUGGCCGUCCGUCUGGGCCUAGCGGAGGCUCUCCUACUGGCGGGUUUCCGGGCUACCCAAGCAUCACACCUACUCCGAGUGUGGCCCCUACUCCCAGCGCAACUCCUUCCGGCUUCCCUUUCAGGGGCUGA